CUCUCUCUCUCGGAAGGACCUUUCUUCCUCUAAUCUCUCCCUCUUUUAAACUACUUUCUGUUCCCCUCUCUUUCUUUCAAUUUUUUAUUUUCUUCACUGACAGAGGAAUACCUGCACACUUUCUCACGCACGCACGCAUACUCAAACCAGAAUCAGAAAACAGCAGCAGAGCCCCACUCCCCUGCCACGCACAUACAUCACCCUCUCUAUCCCCUACCUACAUCUCUCUCUCUCUCUCUCUCUCUCUCUCUCCCUCUCUCCCUCUCCCUCUCUAGCGACUAGCCAUGGAUAUGAUCAUCGGGGCCGCAGCAGAGAAAGCAGAAAAAAGUUCAGAGAAACAGAGGCAGAGGACACAGGAUGCACACAUUUCCCCACCCCAAAUCAUCCCUUAUUAUUUCUUCGCCUUUUCCCUCUCUGCCACUCGAUUCAUCAAAUCCCCAUAAAAACCCACCAUCCCCCUCGCCCAUUCAAGCCACCCAACCUCUCUUCCUGCAUGAGCUACUGCUGCUAGGGUUCUCAUGGAGAAAAAUUAGCUCGUUCAGUUCAUCCCCUCCCCCCCCCCCCCCCGGGCGGGCCCCCGGCACUUUCUUUCUAAUUUCAAAGUCUAAUCAGGACACACAAUAUCUAGAGGUAGCUUGUUCGAUCUAUUUUAACUUGUGUUAGUUGGCCAUGGAUCAGUAUAGCUACUACGGGCAUCAGCAUUUGGAGAACAGCGAAGCCCACCUGCCUCCGGGGUUCCGGUUCCACCCAACCGACGAGGAGCUCAUUACAUACUACCUCAUCAAGAAAGUGCUGGACAGCAGCUUCACUGGAAGAGCCAUUGCGGAGGUCGACCUCAACAAGUGCGAGCCAUGGGAGCUUCCUGAGAAGGCAAAGAUGGGAGAGAAGGAGUGGUACUUCUUCAGCCUGAGGGAUCGGAAGUACCCGACAGGGCUGAGAACAAACAGGGCAACAGAAGCCGGGUACUGGAAAGCCACGGGGAAAGACAGGGAGAUUUACAGCUCCAAGACGAGUAGUCUGGUGGGGAUGAAGAAGACACUGGUGUUCUACAAAGGGAGAGCCCCUAAGGGAGAGAAGAGCAACUGGGUCAUGCAUGAGUAUCGCCUUGAAGGCAAAUUUGCUUACCAUUUUCUCUCCAGGACCUCCAAGGACGAAUGGGUCAUCUCUCGUGUGUUUCAGAAGAGCGCCCCCGGCGCAGGCGGCGUCAUCGUCUCCGCCGCCGCUGGGGCCAAGAAGACACGACUCCCCUCCGGCAUCAACCUCUACCCGGACGUCAACUCCCCCUCCGCUACUCUGCCGCCGCUGCUGGACUCCUCCCCGUACGCAGCCACCUCUUCCUGCGCCACCGAUCACGACGGCUGCUCCUACGACGGCGACACCACCGGAAUGGAGCACGUGCCCUGCUUCUCCUCCGUCGCUGCCGCCACCGCAGCCGCCGCCACCAAUUUUAACGCCGCCAACCAUCCUUCCUCCGGCUACGACCUCACCGACCCGCACGCCCGUUUUCCCAGAAACUUCGGCGUUUCGGCUUUCCCAAGCCUGAGGUCCCUUCAGGAGAAUCUACAGCUUCCUUUCUUUUUCUCGGCAAUGGCGCAGCCGCCGGUGCAGAAUCCCGUUGACGUGGGAGCCGGAUGCAGCUCCGCCGGAACCAGCUGGUCGGUCCCGGAGGAGCAGAAGGCGGAGAUUGGCCGCAUGGGUGCGGGACCUACUGAGCUCGACUGCAUGUGGACGUACUAGGUUAAAAUUGAAAAGGUGUUAAACCUCCUAUCAAUGUCUUCCUAUGGAAUUAGUAAUUGGUAGGUUUCCUAAUGUAGGCGUGGACUAUUGGUAAUAGCGGAUGUGUGAUGAGUAGUAUAAUUAGAGUAGUUCUAGGGUUUGUGAUUUUGUUUCUGCAGCUAUGGGAUAUCCAAUGAUGUUGAGAUCUGAUCCUCUGCCAAUUGCAACUGCGAAGAUUUUAUUAUAU